AUGUCAUCAGCCUCGCCCGCUCCCUUGUCAUCGGAGCCUUCUGAUGAGCUCUUGGGGCCUGCUUCGCCUGGUUCUCCCGUUCCCGCGAAGCGCAUAUUAGAUCGCUGGAGGCAGAAGUUUCAGUUUCAUAGCGUGGCUAUCCAACACUGCCAUAUUCAACAAGAUGUUUUGUUCCAGAGCUGGACAGCGAAUAACACUCGGAGGUCAUGGCUCGUCAGAAGUGACAACGACGUCAACAGCAGGUCUAUACCCAGCAGUAUUCUUCUACAGGCCAGUCCUGAUCCCAUCAAGCUUCUUGCUCAGAAGCUGUUCACCGAGGAGUAUGAUCGGUUAGAAAACCAGCAGAGUGGAGGUCGGAGGUCGCGUGUUCAAGAGACGCCAGCUUCUUCCGCUUUACAGACCAACUGGCUCCGGCGUACAGGCUGGGAAACGACAUUUAGAAAAGCGCAUUGUGAUGUUCUAGUUCGCCUUGCGGCGCUACCUCAUUGCACGGACAACCGACCCUUGUCUCUUGGUGUCGUUGAAAGAGAAGCCAUCAUGAGUCCGGCGCGUGAUGAGCGAAGGUUAUUAUGUAUGAUGGCCGCGCUUGAUCGUCUCCUGGAUCAAUGCGGUGAGACCGUCCGGACGACAGAUGUAUGUUUGAGAAGGUGGCUUCGCGGCAGGUAUCCAGACCGUCCUUACAAGAUGCCCUUCGAAUUGGUUGCAAAGGAGUCUUCCGAGAAGGUUUACCGGAAGGAACUGAAGCGCUUUGUCUGUUUCUGGCUCCGGUUAUUUCGAUUAUUGCCGGUGACUUUUCAGAAGGUUACAGGUCAUAGGCUGAAAAAGCAUCAGUUUAGAGUCCUACGGGAGCUUUGGGUGGAUGAAAUAUGGAAGUCUGCGGAACAUGGCGAUUAUGAGGAUGAGGAUGAUGACGAGAUCCAAGAUGAUGACGAAAGUGAAGAUGAUGAAAGAUACAGCGAGAUUGAAAAUGAAAGUCAGGAAAGGGUGGUUGUGGACACGGGUGAUCCAUCUGAUGACGAGACAACUUCCACUUGGUCUUCGAACAGUCAAGAGGAUCGCCCACCAGACCCUGCGCUUGAUAUUUUACUGCGCUUUUGUUACUCUGCUGUCACUGAGGAUUACGACGGCGGUGUCGCGAGCUCGACGAUGCUGGUGUAUUUCAGUGCCGUGCGUGGGCUGGAGACCCCAGAAGGAGAUGAGUACUUGAAGCCUCACCGUUUCACGCCGACUUUGGCGAAGCUUAUAUACUGUUCUCGAUUGAUAUUUCUCGAGGCCGUACUGCCGCGUUUCUCGCACAUCUAUGGAGGAUUUGGGCAACCGACGCGUCACGGGCUGCUGCGAAGGCUCAAUGCGGCCCGCCGGGAAUAUAUGUGUGAUGGCACUCUAUCGCCCAUGGGCGAAUUCUUAAGUCUCUUAUCAUAUGGUAACGCUCUUCGCCGGUCUCAAGGGUCGUCCUUCCGAUUCUACUGGAGCGAUGAUGGCGAGGUCUUGUCCUGGGAUGGCAACCAACGACUGUCGAUGGUAGACUUCCGCGGCCUGGCUCGUGAAGUGCUGCGUUCAGUCACGGCAUCCUGCUCCCGUUUGAUGUAUGACUGGGAGCCCCCUUACAUCGAUUUAUCGCUGAUUCGGGAUAAUCUGUCAACGACAACACCAGGCUACUCUUUCGUGUCUGAUCCUACCAAUAAGCUGACAGGCGCCUACCCCGAGUUGCUGCUUAGAGCAUGCAUAUCCCCAAUCGAUGGCUUGCUCCGUGUACAGGGCAAAGACCACGGGACUUGGAAUACCAAAGCUGUUCGAGCGUACUUGGAGGCCCACGAUGAUCAUCUGAAGGGACUUAUGGUACUUUGUAACCUCGACGGCGGUCAGUUUGCACGAAUCUCAGAGCUAUUGACGCUAGAGUGUUUCAACACUGCUUCAAGAGAGCGAGGUAUUGGCUUAUGGGGCGCAAAGAUGUGCUCCAUCUCUAGGCACCACAAGGCUCGAUUGGCAACCAACAACGAGUUUUAUGUCGUACGCUUCUUCUCCAAUCCUGUUUCCCGACUCAUCUUCCAGUAUCUUGUCUAUAUAAGGCCAGUCGCGAUAUCAAUCUUGCGUAAAUGCUUUCAUAUCGAGCAUACCGACGCGCUUCUCUUCGCGCCGCUCUCUCUAUUAGGCCUAAAAUCAACACGCUGGACCGUCUCAACAUUCACAAAGGAGCUUCGACGGCAUUGUAGUGCUGCCACAGGUAUCCCACCCGGUAUUGGGGUCCAAAUGUACCGCCAAAUCUCAAUCGCUAUCACAGAACGUCAUGUUCAUGACGCCGCUAUACGCUUCAAUCGAUUCGAUGAUACCACCGGAGCGGCUGGGCCCGAAGUGGCUUACGCUUGGCAGAGCGGGCACAGGCCCAUGCAGCGGCAUACAACCUACGGUCUCGAUGGUGCGUAUCCAGAUCAUCUUCAACCUGCGCUACUCCGAGCCUAUGAUCGAGUUUUGGCAAGCUGGCAUGCCUUCUUAUGGAGAUAUGAUCAAAGCGGCGAGCCUGGGUCUAUCCCUAUUGAGGCUGAGCAUGCUGAGUUGAACUAUGGAAGCCCUCGCCAUGAUCUCACAACAUGUCGAAAGCGGCCUUUUAUAUCAGAUCUAGAAGAAACCCCCUCGAAUAGCAAGAGACCGCGAUCGGGACUUGGUUUGUUGUUGUCAGAUGAAGUAGGAGUACAGCCCGACAGCGAAGAACCACUGGCUCUUAGAGCCGAGGAAGAGGUCAACUCGUUUACUUGCAACUUUAUGUCGAGCCCAUUACCUGGAGAACAAAAUGAGCAGGCUGAGCCCACGCGCGACGACACAUCGCCCAAAAUCGGGCCGUUUGUCCACUUCGCGGAGUUAAAUCUAGUUAUAUGCCUUGAUUGCAAGACAGCUGUCCUGGCCAGACAAGUGAAGACACAUCUCGUCGAUCCCCUGCACCGUCAGCACUUUACGUUGAAGGAGCGCCGAAAUAUCAGUAACCAGAUUCUGGAGAUACCAAGCAUCAUUAAGGAUGUGGACGAUCUACAAAACUGGAAGUUUCCAUCUCCGGAUACAGAGCCAAUACCAUAUCUCGAACCACCAUUGCAUGGUGGGCUGGGCUGCAACUCCUGUCCGCAUAUUGGGCGGGAUCUUCGACGGAUACGAGAACACUACCGGAAAGAUCACAUCGAUGUUCUAGAGGCAAAUAAUCUAGUGGACUUGAGCAUGCUAGGCCAACAGUCGCAUCUGUGGAGAAACAAUGUUACCUACCAGCGCAUGUUCAGAAGAGGUCCGAAAAGUUCAUGGUUUGAGGUUGGCCGGAUCAGUUGUUAG